GACUUGGGUACGUGUAUCACAGCGGCAAGAGUGCCAGCGCCCACAAAGACCCAUUGGACCUAUCAGCUCCUCUCUUUGACCAAGCAGACACGAUAGCUAACCAGCAAAGCAGAGUAAGCCAAGUGCCUCUGCAUGAGAUCAUCAGCUGAUUAACACACAAGAAAAAAUAAUUUAGACCCAAGCCCUAGCUUUUCUUGAGAAGCUGGGAUUUGAAGGAGCUAUUCUGAGAUCUGUGCUCCUAGCAAGUGACUGAUAACAUUAUAGACUGGAUCAGUAGCUGAUUUGAGAGACUGAGUUGUAAUUGAGUGAAAAAUAGACAACGAAAUCUUGAAGAAUUGCACAUAAGUGCAAGCCAAAUUUAACUCUCCAAGUAGUAUCUGUUGGACUGAGAUUGCUAAACCAAACCUGUGAUAGGACAGGUUAUUUGGGUGUCUCUCUCUGUCUUUGUUGCCUGUUACUGUUACAUUGCUUUCUGUGUUGUCUCUGUAGGCCCAGAUGUUCUCAGAUAAUUCACAUUGCCCUGACUGUGGACAACAGUGGUUUCCUAGUUUAGAACUAGGCCAUUGGUUGUACCAAACUGAACUUAUUGAAAAUGAAUGUUACCAAGUAUUCUUAGACCGUAUUAACAGAGCUGAUUAUUGCCCGGAGUGUUACCCUGAUAACCCUGCUAAUAGAAGCCUUGUUCUUCCUUGGUCUUUCCCACUUGAGUGGGCUCCCCAAAAUCUUACCAGGUGGACCUUUGAAAAAGCUUGCCAUCCGUUUCUUCUGGGCCCUCCGCUGGUUAGAAAGAGGAUACAUGACUCUAGAAUAGCUGGUUUUAACCCUGCAUUGCAGUUAAUCUUGACCAGAACCGACACAACCUUAAACAAAAAACUUGGCCACAGCAAAUAACUUCAUAAACAGUCAAAAUCAUGGAGGCUCUAGAGGGUUUUGUACUAGUAACCCAAGGAAGAUGGAAAAAUGACUCCUUUUAAAUCUGAUCCAGACUGUCACUACUUUGGGGGAACUGCUUAAAUUGUUGGGUCUGUUGCCAUGGUCUACAACUAUUCUGUUCAGCAUGAAUUUAAUCAGUAUUCCAGCCAGACUGUUCAUCUAGAACCAGAGUAUUUCAUGAUCCCUAUGUUUUGGAAUUAGCUUACCCCUUCUAAAAAGCUCCACAGCCUAAUUAUUGACAUAUAAGACAAGGUAGUCCUGGAGGAGAUGCCCCAUACUGUGCAUACCAUGAUAUUUCUAGUGAUAACUUCUGUGGAAAAGCAUCUUCGUGGUAGCUGGAUUCUAGAUUAUUUUGGUAAAACAACUAGACAUUUUAAUAAGAAACUACAUUGUUCUAAGUUCCACCUCUUAUACAUUAGUCAUUGAUUUUAUAUGUAAUUUAUUCAUCAUUGGCUCUAUUUGGCCUCAGUGUGGCUUUGACAUUAUCAAUAGCUGGUCACCGUCAGAGAAGUCACAUUCUGUCAGGCAACACCUGCCUAGGUUACACAAAAACAUGGAGAAAUGCCACUGUCUAUACUUACUUGGCUCUACAUAAACAAAGACCGUCCUGUCUUUGUGGUGACUGAACUUAAAAUGUCCUACCCAGGAAAUGGAAAAAUGCCUGUAGGAGAUAGGCUACAAUAGGAGCUAUCAAGCUUGACUACAUAUAUAUUAUGAGCAGUCAAAGGGAAGCAUCUUUCUUAAAACCAAGAAGGUCUUGCUGGGCGUUAGCUACAUUCUGGCCUUCACUUGUUCAUGAGAAUCGUGGAACCAGAGCUUGGGUUAGAAACUUAGAACUGUGGAGGCAUCUCAGAGGCCACCAAACAAAUUUAAAAUUCCACUGAAGAUGCUAGAUAAUCCGGUGCUUGUGUAGCACCUCAACAACGUUCUCAGGGUCCCAGGUUCUUUCUGCUUUUCCCCUCUGGGAUCCUUAUCUCAUUGGCUUUUGUCCUCAUAGUGUCCUCAGUGAUUACAGUGUGGCUAGUUGCUGCUCCAGACAUUUCAGUCCCAAAGGCUGGAAGUAGGAGCAAAAAGCUUUCUCUUUCCAAGACUGUCUUAUUUGAAAAGGAAAUCUUUGCUAAAAGUCCCUCACUGAUUUCCUCUUACAUCUCAUUAGAAGGUACUGGUUCACAUAGGAGCCUGGGAAGCCAGGCAAAGGGAAAUGGGGCCAGCAGUGCCUGGGUAGGGCACAUUGUCUCUCCUAAUAAAAUGAAGGCUCUUUUAGGAAGGAAGAAGUGAGGAAUGAAUGGCUGUUUUUAUGCAAGAACUCAUGCCUGCCACAUGUGAAACCUGAGUUAUUUGUUAGUCUGUAUAAAGAAUGUACCCCAGAGAUCUACCCUGUAUCUGCCUUAUGUUUCUCGUGAUGGAAGUUCUUUUCUGUUAUUUUGCUGAAUAAACUGUGUGGACUGUUAAACUGA